CCUGCCCAACAGGUCCCGUAAGAACCAUGAAAGAUACAUAUUCACUGAGUGCCCUAACGCUGAGCUUUUCGCCAGGAAGGCUUUCCUCCGCAAUCAUUGUACUGUUUGUGUUGUCAAAUGGAAUAUUCGUGUUCACGCGGGCUAAUGUGAAGAACCGUCCGCGUAAUGCUGACAGUCGGGAAUUUCAAAAUACGGCAGACGGCGAGGAAUUUUAUGAACCAUUUUAUGAAUGGUCUGUGUGGAGUCCGUGUUCUCGCACCUGUGGAGUUGGUGUAAAGUUUCGAGGACAGCUAUGCCUUAGGGAGAACAAGGCUUUGUGUCAAAAGAAAUCCAGAACUUAUCAAACGUGUAACACCCAGGCUUGUCCCAAAGAAAGCGAGAAUUUCCGUGACGAGCAGUGUGCAACGUACAACGGACGAGAUAUAUUCAUCAAUGGCGAAAGAGCUAAAUGGAAGUCAUAUAAUCGAGGUGGCAACCAAUGUUUAUUAUUUUGCUAUCCUGAUGGAGAAGAAUUAUUUUAUUACUUUGGAAAAACCAGAGAUGGGACCCAGUGUUCCAAAGAACCUUACGGUGUUUGUGUACGUGGACAAUGCAAAUCCGUUGGAUGUGACUAUAAACUCGAGUCAGGAGUGUAUAUGGACAAAUGUCGAGUUUGUGGUGGAAAUUCUACCACAUGUCAGCCAAUGAGGGGAAGAAUUGAAAGGUCUCCAACAGUUUUUGAACGACUGUCAGGCUACGCCGAUUUGCUGGUGAUACCUAAAGGAGCAACGAGUAUUGUAAUUACAGAUAAUACCUGGAACUAUUUAGCUCUUAAAAGACAAAAUGGUGAAUAUGUCAUCAAUGGCAAUAGAAUUGUCAACUGGUCUGGUAUUUUCAAAGUUGGCGAUGUCGAAUUGCAGUACAAUAGAAUCUCAAACAACAUCAAAGAGACAAUUGAGAUAACUGGGCCAACAGCAGAAGACGUCACUAUAAUGUCUCUAUUAAUGGCGGGUAAGGUCAAGAUGAGCUUUGAGUACUGGAAAGCGGAUGGAGUUUACGCCGCAGGAGAUACACUGCAAGCUGAAAAACAAGACCACCUAGUCUUACAAAUGGGCUGGGGACGCUGGACGACCUGUUCCGCUUCCUGCGGGGGAGGAAUCAAAGUACGUUCACGAUACCGCGCUAUAGAGGCCGUUGCAUCAUUCCGUAACAAGGAGACUGACGUCCAAAGAUGUAACACCGAACCGUGUCAUAUGAUGAAAGCCGCGUGGUCGGAGUGGGGUACUUGGGGUGACUGCAGUGUCACUUGUGGAGGAGGAGCCAGGAUGAGGUUUCGUUACUGUAAGAAGUCCAGUGCCAUUUCUAGAUCCAGAUGCCCUGGAAGACGGUAUGCUGUGGAACAAUGCAACGUAAAGGAAUGUCCUAACAAAGAAACGAUGUCAGCUACGUCAACAAUGCGAAAACACACUUCAUUGUUAAUAGUUACCUCAUCCUCGACUCCUCAGUCGGGGAAGUCUGGAGAAGAAGGGAAGAGAAUAACAGAGCCGCUAAGAAUACCAAAAACCUCUAAAUUAAGAUCAGCCUCUAAAUAUCACGAACGUCAUGAAACGUCCACAAAGAAAUUAUCACAGGAUAGCACGCAGACUGCAUUUUCCAGAGGAGAGCGGUGGAAUUCUCUUUCAUCUAGUAUAAAUACAUCAUUUGAAACUUCAAAAUCGAGGCUUCUUUUGUCUUCAAUAAAGCAGACCACGAAGGCUUACACCAUUGCACUUUCCACAAGAAGUCUGAAGGAGGUUUCUAGCUUGUCCAGUAAAUUCUUGGGUCUGGAAACUACAUCAUUCGAUCACAAACAAACAUUGUCCGUGUCGUUGGCGAAAGAGAAACCAGGCUUGCCUGCUUCGCCUGUAAGAAAGGGUACAGUAAAGCCUACCGAAAUUCGUUCGUUCAGUUCCUCAAUGCUAGUAUCUGAUGUUGGAGCGGGCUUCAGUGUUUUUUCUACAAGUACCUCAGUUCCAGAAAGAUAUGGGAUUGUUAGGCCGUCUGUGGGUUUAUUGGACACUGCCAAGGCGUCUAAUUUGCGUACGACUUCCAUAGGGUUGAAAGUCUCACUACACUCUGGUGUUACACCUCGUCCGAGCGAAGUUAAUAAUCACACUACUUCUUUCGGAUUUGGAACAAUAUCAAGUAAAAUUGACAGGAAGUCCGUUUUAGCGUCAUUCAGUAAAGAAACUGCUGACCAAUCGGUAACGAUGGAUAGGAGGCAAGAGGUGGUACCCAGCUCAAAAUUGAGUAUAUUUGAAAGGACGUUAUCACACCAGUAUUCUGUUGAUUUAAAGGAACGUAAAACCCAGGACAGGAAACACCAGUCAGUAACCUUAUCACAGGCAAGUGAUAUCCGCAAUGAGAUAUCUGUGCUAGUAACUACACAAUUGAAGCGAAUUCCGUCAAGUUCCAGGGAGACCUUAAACUCAUCUACCACAGACAUAACAAGGAUUGACCUGCGUCUAAAGAAUUUUAGUGAAGCCGCUUUGCAAAGUCAUAGGAAGAAAAUUCUCUCAACAAAGGAUUUCAGUACCAGCCACUAUUCCCCGCCUGUUGAGUUAACAGAAACACUCAGAUCUGGUUCUUCAUCAAUUACGAAUGUUUUACUUAUUAAGCCAACACGCUCUAAUCCAAUGAGCAAAACAAACGAACUUAAAUUAUCAGUAAACACUACUUUGAGACAAAGCUUGGAAAUAAGACCAGAAUCUACAUCAGUUUCCUCGGCUUUCCAUCUGUUGCAUCUCCCAUGGCAAACCCUAACUGACUUUCUCUUUUCACGUCGAUCAUCGAAACCGAUUCUUCAGACGUCAAAGCUUAUGUCAACUCAAAUAACUGUUUCAAAAAAGGUGGACGCAUCUUACAACAUCUCGAAACCUCGUUUUCUCCCUUUUACAAGCUCCUUCGUUGGCUUUAGAAUCUCGUCUCAACAGUUUACAAUGACGGCAGAGUUAAAACCACAAAUGCAGUCAUCAUUUUCUAUUGAAAAGGACAUAGGCUAUAAGUUUUCGUUUUCCGGUAACUAUAAACCUCCGAUCGUCAAUACAAAGGAUUAUGCUGAUUUUACCUCCUCCUCAUCAUCUUCAUCAUCAUCAUCAUCAUCUUCAUCAUCAUUAUCACCAUCAUCACUGUCAUAUUUGAAGUUAAGUCCCCCACAAAAAAGAAAUCCAAUGACCGAUUCACCUUCAGAGAAAGGUUAUCUUUCAAAAACAAUAAUAGCGAAACCGGAACAUUUAGCAAAGACAUCACCUACAAAUUCAAGCGGACAAUUUUCUUCAGCGAACGGAUCUAAGUCUUCGUCAGCCACUUUGGGAGAUAGCCAUCUUUUUACAGUGACAGAAUCCUUUUCACCUGGCCAUGAAACAAAAAGUCAAGCAGCGACCACUCGUAAGCAACGUUUCAAUGAGUCAUCCACCCAGGCAUCGAUACCAUUAGUGACGUCAUCUUUUCGCACAUCAAUUCUUCCGUCAGCCUCCUCGGCUGUUAGGAUAAAAUCGUCGCCAUUGUCAGAUAUUUUUGGUAGUUCGCAUUCAAGUAAACAUACCAAAUCAUCAAUUUCACUGAGGUUAACCUCUACAACAGAAACAGUGGCCAUGGCCAUGAGUUCCUCAAAGUCAUGGUUACCUUCAAGGCAAAUUCUGCACUCAGUUUUGUCUUCAGAACUUACUCCGUCGUCACCCAGUACUCUUUCUUUACAAUACCGAGGCGUUACUUCCGCAAUGGAAGGAAAAGUUGGCAAACAAGUGGAGUCAUAUUUCAAUCCGAAAUCGAGCUCCCAGAGAAAAAUUAAAGAAAUGAUAAGCCUUACCAGAGAGAACAAAUUUCACACGCUUUCAUCCUAUUUUAACACGCCAGUUAACAUCAAAGCUACGUUUAUUGAAUCAGAAUCUCUUGGAAGGCAUUUCCCAGAACAGCUAUUCCCAUCACAAACAUUUAUAGAGUUCACCCUAACAACGGACAUAGAAGAAAAAAAGGGUUCUAUGAGUAACUUAAAAUCUUCGCUACAAAAGAGUAACACGCUACUUUCAAAGCAUAUUCCUUUUACAUCGAUGCCAACGCGAGACCUCACGAAAGUCCUCGUGCAUUCUUUAAAAACGCCAUUAUUGCAACCAGUGCCUAUUCCCACGUCUUUAGAAAAAGAGCUCGGGACAAAUAAAAAGAAGUUGUUGACAACACCAGCCUUACAUUCACUUACCUCGCAGCAAUUUAGCUCAGGAAGAUACGAUGAGGGAACCUUCAAUAAUAAAGGUUCUCUCACACUUUUGCCGUCAUCACAACAUGUGCCAUUAUCAGUAUUUCAUUUUAUUAACCUAGAUCAUGUAAAAGUUACUACUACCUUGCUGGACUCUUCAAUAACUUCAUCAUCUCAAAACGAAGUUCUUCCAUUGACUUCACCGCAAGCUAGUACGUCUACAAGAAAUAAUAUUCCUCGAGGUCUACCUUCUAGCUCAACACUAAGGGAGAAAACUAGUGGAAGUUUUAAUGAUUCCUUGAGAAUGUUCUCACAGCCGUCUCGCUCACCGUCUAUACUAGUAAAUUCCGUCUCAAUAGAUGAAAGAUCGGUAACUGCAACCUUCAGCUCUGCCCAAAUAGUCUCGUCGUUCAAGCAUGAGGAAUUAUCGCUAGAACGUCAACCUCUCGGUGCAACCAAGGAAGCGGACUUUAAAAUAAACUUGAGGAGUUACUCUGAAAGUUUAUCGAAACAGCCCAUGCUCUAUUCGAAAUCUUCCUAUCAAAGUGGUUUGCUCCACCCUCUCUCUCGAUUCUCUGAGCUAAGUGAUUCAGCCCCUCAAACGAGAACUCAGUUGACUUUUUUGAAAUCGUCUCCUUCGGCAGUGUCCUCGAAUUCUGGCUCAGCCGCAAGUAGCGACACCGCGGCAAGACGUUGGGAACAGGACUCUGUACCAAGCCCAUUGCCAUUGUCUAAAUCGCCCUCAGUAUCACCUUCGCAGCUUAGCCGAACUAAGACACCUAAAUCCCAAACCCUCAUGGCACACUCAUUCAACGACUCGUCGUCAACUAAAUUCACAACAUCAUCAUUGUCUCCGGAUAUGAUCGCGGUGAUGGAGAAAACAGCAGCGGAAAGCUCAGUAGAUUGUCAAGCAGGAGAUAGCUCGACAAAAUUUCCCAUGCUUAAGCCAUACAGCUUCUUGAUAGGAGUACAAGAAAUAAGUAUUGCUGAAAACAAUUUCAAAGCUUCUAAGGUAGAGCAUAAAAUACCUCUCUCAUCAAUACAGUUGAACUUUGUGACCAAGACAGAAAUCGCACCAGAAGCCACCGACUCUCUAAAAAUAUCCUCAAACAUACAUGAAAUACCAUCACAGCUUUCUCCACAGAUUACCUCACAGCCAGGAGUGAAAAUCCCGAUACGCGAUAAAGAUUCUUUAACAAUGUAUGAGAUGCUCUCUCUUCUUCCUUCAAAGACCUCCUCAGUAAUAAAAGUUGACUCCACCUCAAGCCUUAUGCAACAUCUUUCAAUAAGGUUUUCACCGUAUCCUACCUUCUCAGCAGACGCACAAUCCACCAGAGGACAACUACAUUCUUCGUCAUUGCAGCGCAUCAGUUUGUCGAAUAUUCCUCGGUCUAGCUCAUCUGUACAACCAGACACUGUGAAAAGCUUUGUGGGAUCUUUGAAAAUGUCUCCUUCAAGGAAAACAGACGAAUCGCCUAUCGCUGUCCAGUUAAAAUCCACUCAAAUAAGCACAGCAAGCUUCAGUGAGAAUCCAUCGCGUUUCUCACUGAGUAAACAAGUGUUAUCAUCAGUGUCUCUACCUCUAGGCUCAUCAUUAAAACAUGAAACCAGAAUGAGUGUGAAUAUAGCGCAUUCUAUAACAAGCUCGCCAACAGGACGACGCACAUUACCACUUUCUCAGCAGUUGAAUUUGGAAAUGAAAGAACAGGACAUGACAAACCGAGAAUAUUCUGUUGUGUCUUCAUCAAGGAAACCAAAGUCAACAGCAGAAAUUCCAGGCUCACUAAAACCUUAUUCAAGAGCGGAUGAAACUCAAUCGUUGCCAUCUUCGCCACUACUUCUACAGUCCACAGCUAAAAGCACGCCAAGCCCGAGGGAUUCGUUUCACAUUUUAUCUUCAAAGCAUGGAGUUUCAACAUCUUAUGCAGAAAGAAGCUCAAAUUUUAUUGCUGAGGUGAUUAGAGGCAUGAUGGAUUCAACGAAACCAAUCUCUGUAAGGGAUGGAAUGCCCUCAUCUCUUGCUUUAGUGAUCAGCCCUAGUCCAGAAAUGCAAUCCAUGAGAAGCACGUUGGAAUUCUCGACGAUUUUCUCUUCAGAGAAUCACACGGGAAUGAUAUCCUCUCGUUUUACCCUGGUAGAGCCUAUCACAAGCCUUCCAAGUUUGAAAACUCUGUCAUUCAAACGAGAAAAUGCGAUUUCAAUAAGUUCUUCAUUCAGUGGAACUCAGUUUCAAUCCAAAAGGCGAAAGGAUUCUUUAAUGGGUUUGUCAUCUUCCAGACAUGAGGCAUUCCCAUCGGUUCAACAAGUAAGUUCGCCUCUAACAAGUCUUAUGGACUACUCAGCGAAAAUGUCAAGCCAUGAGGUCAUAGUAUUAAGCUCAUCCUACGGUCAAGAGUGGUUAGAAAGAUCAAAUUUGCCUGUUUCAUUUGCCUCUGAGAAGCAAACUCAAAGUUUUAGCUCCAAGAAUUUCCCUCCGUCAACUUCAUCGUCAGAGAAGAAAAUAUUUCAUUCAACUACUGCUAGUUUGAAAUUGAAGUCAACGAAAAUUGUACCAGUAUCUACAUCAUCACUGGAACUGGUUUCGGUAACAGCUCAUACAACGAUUCUAGAAGGAAAAUCAACUCGCUGUCCACCGUGCAGUUUUUCGGAGAGGCUACACGAGAAGUACUGUUCAAGCGAUUAUGCUAUACUAGUUCGUAUUCGCACUGGGGCAAUCACGAACGGGAGCGAAUCCUAUCAUCUCACCAAAAUAAAAAGAAUAUUCAAGACGAAUAAACCAGUGAAAAAGAGGCUAGAGAUAAGAUUUACCAAUGGAUAUUGUAACUGCAAACCUGAUUUCUUGCUGAGGAAAUAUUAUUUUGUUUUUGGGAAUCAUGUGUCAUGGAACAGAACGACAUCGUUCUUGGAAGUUAAUCAAGAUAGUUUCGUGGUUGAAUGGAAGGAGACAUUGGAAAAAGAAAUAAAUAUUUUGGAAGAAAGAUGUACAAGACUUUCCAUAAUUCCUACGCCAAGAAUUUCACCGACUGUCUCCCAGGUCACCACCCCAUCUUUGCAUCUCGAAAGAAAAUCAGCCACUGGAGCGUUAUUAUCGACUCCUAGUACUGGAAUAGAAACACCUACUUCCCGAGUGACAAUUGAAGCCACAAUUCUGUCGACAGCAACAAUAGAAGAAACUACGACCCUACCGCCGCCUGUCACACUACCAUCAACAGACCAACCGAGUGCAAAAUGCCGAGUAUGUCAAACAUCAAGGAAACGGAAUAAAUACUACUGUGACAGCGACUAUGUUAUCCGAGCUAAAGUUUUGAAAGAAUCGUACAACGAAGUUCUUAAAGAAAGAAGAUAUCGAGUAAGGAUCAUGACAGUUUUCAAAAGCAAAAGGAAACUGCAAGGCAGAGAUGAUAUUUUUGUUUUCAAUGACUACUGUCACUGUCCUAAACUCCAAAUAAGAGAGCAGUAUGUAAUAAUGGGAAAAGAGAGGAACACGGGACUAGAAGACCUUGGCGCAAACUCUCAAUUAGUGAUUCCUCCAAGACCAUUUGUUUGGAAGUGGAGAUCAAGAAUGACUGCAGGACUCAAAUCCAUUAGAGACAUCUGCGACAGUUAAAUAAAUUGAUCAAGUUGUAUUUAAAGCUUAAGACUUCCUUAACAUUCAAACAAGCAAAGCCAAAAGGUCAAAUAUGAAGUUGCAGCAAUACAUCAUUUACUGUGAGUGUCCCGUGCUUUUCGGAGCCAUUUGCUUAAGAAACCUAUUUUCAAUAAUUGCCUGUUUAUGUCUUGUAUGUGUAAUAAAAAGUCAUCCCUUUGUUUUCAUAUAGCACCCAUGUAGCUCUAUACAGCAACGUAGAACCAUUGGCUGUCAGCCCAAGUCAUUAUAGUUUGUAAUAAAUAAUUGAAACCCCAUAGAGCUAAGUUACAGAAAAAGAGCAGCAAGGAUAACUUCGUUCAUUAUUUAAUAAAAAGUUUUAUUAUAGUGAUUUUUUAUCACUAUUAUUUUCUGUUGUUUUUUUAUCACAAAUAUAUGACACAGAUCACAACUAAACAGUGUAACAGCAUACAGCGCAGGUAGUA